UAAAAAAGGUGUUAAUAACGAAAUGUGAACAGUCUAACGAAAUGUGAACAGUCUCAUAAAUGUAUCAAAUACAAAAUGAAAAGCAUGCCCAAAAUGGACUCCUUAAAACGGUGUAGGAAGAAUCAAGUGUAUAUGAAGGGUAAGUGUGUCCUGUUGAGCGAUCACAUUCACCGUGGAUCCACUCUCUCUAAAUAAUGUAAAUAGAGCAACCCGUGAUCAAAACCAGUAUAUCAGUACAUGAUUAGGAAACUUUUACAAAAGGGCGCCUAUGAUAUGGGACUGCAUAACCAUUCUUUAUACAAAAAAGUGCAUGGACUAUCUUAAACCCGAAAUUGUGUUUUAUUUUGUCAAAACAUCGUUUUGGAACAGAGGGUUUAUGAUUCUUCCUGUAUCUUAAAUGUUGGUUACCUAAUUAAAAACAUGUUCAUUCUUAACCAAGCGAUUUCAAGGUAUGAAAUAUGGUAUGCACAAAAUUCCGGUGUACCCCAAAAACUACGAGAUAUAGUCACCAAUAUUAUUCUGCUGAGGUUAUUUAAGAAAUUAAUGUCUAGUCUUCUGCCUAUGUGAGGUGAGUAAUUACAAUUGAAAAAUGAUAAUUUCCAUAACGCGAACCCUCUUGUCAUACAGCAUCACGUUUUCAAAUUUAGUUGAUCUCCUCACAUACCCCAAAAAAACUAGACAUUGAUUCCUUUAUUCAAAUUUGAAAUAAAAUUGGGGGAAAAUUUAAAAUUCAGGCAUAUGGCAUUCCAUACUAAUUUUACAUAGUCCCAGCGCACUGAUAUAAGAACUGGAUGAUUCGCAUCCAGGUGAGAACUUUGCAUCUUGAUGUAGUAUACAGGACCACGCAUAAAUACAUACAUUGGAGCUUCAAAUAGUUAUCACAGAGAAAAGUGGGGAAUAUAAAUAUAUUUAAUUUGAAAUGCUUCAUCAUGAAUUAGAAGUUGCAUUGGAAAUCUGUUCUUAUAAUUCAGUUUCAGACUCGGUAAUCAUUUAAAUUCAUACGAAGUAUCUGGGUAACAUUUCGAUUGUUAUUAACACUAUUCGAAAAUUAUGAAUUGUAGAAGAUCACAAAUUCCUAUGUUAUUAUGCAAACUAGCAUUUUGAGAAGAUAAAGAUUGAUCGUGUUUAUAAGACAUUUUGAUAUCAAACUGUACAAAAAUUACCUCUGUUUUAAUACAGAACCAUUUGUUGUUGUUGUUUUUAACCGUGCUGCAGAUAAUUGCUUUGUUUGCAGAACAUGCCUAGCUGUAGAUCAGUACCUCUCUAGGAAAAUAUUGGGAGAUUCUAUAUAUAUUAUGAAUUCUGUCAAAGAUUCUGCCAGGCGAUGGGCUAAAUAUGAAAAUGAAGAACUUGAUACAUUGUCAGAAUGGGUUAAAAGCAUAAGAGGAAUAUUAUAUCCUACAUUAGAGAUAUUAAAACAAAAGUACAUACCAUCUAUCCUUCUGUGUUUAGUGCACUAGAAUGUUUGGUUCCACCUGACAAAGCUAGUAACAACAUUGUCUUUGUUUGUAAGGCUCAUUAUUACAACUGUAUUUUAAACGAACUUGGCAUUACUUCCACUUUUGGUAAUCGUACUUAUACUCCUACUGCCCUUUCAAAAGAUGAAUUUCUUAAAAAUCUUGCUUCAGUUUUAAACACAUUUGUAAUCCCAGUCAAUGGGUCUAAUGAAUAUGAGUUACCAUACCUAUACUGGAUUCCUAAAUAAAAGCCCUUACAAGCAAAAAUACAUUGCUGGAUCCACUAAGUGCUCUAACAAGCACCUAUCUUUGCUCCUGACGAAAAUAUUAACAACCAUGAAGGAUAAACUUCAAACUGACUGUGCAACUACAUAUGCCAGAAGUGGUUUCCCCAAAUCAAUAACAUCAAACCCUAUGACUUUUCAACACUAUACACGACAAUUCCUCACGAUAAAUUAAAGAUUAGAUUUUUGACAUCAUAGACAGUUGCUUCUUAUAUAAAAGUGAAGAAAAAAAUAUUCAUAUUUAGUGAUCAGUCAUACAAAACUUACUCUGUUAAACACCACCCUGAUUACUCUGUUAAACACCACCCUGAUUACUCUGUUAAACACCACCCUGAUUCUACGCAAAGUACUCUGAAGUUGGAAUAAAAAAUAUGCUGGAGUUCCUCAUUGACAAUAUCUCCGUGAUCUUUGGUGAUCAAGUUUUCCAGCAGUCUGUUGUAAUUCCCAUGGCCACGAAUUGUGUUCAUUUGUUAGCUGACCUGUUUCUAUAUUCAUAUGAAGCAGAAUUUAUUCAAAAACGUCUACGUGAGAAGAAAAAAAUAUCUUGCUGUUGUCUUCAAUGCGACAUUUAGAUAUAUCGACGACGUUUUGUUUAUCAACAAUAAUAGCUUUUAUUCAUAUGUCGAUUUGAUAUAUCCCUGUGAGGUCGAAAUAAAGGACACCACAGAGUCAUCCACUUCUGCUUCAUACUUAGAUAUGUUAUUGAAAGUAGACAUCAACGGCAAACUGACAACUCAACUGUAUGACAAACGGUAUGAUUUUAGCUUCUCUAUAGUCAACUUUCCAUAUUUAUGUAGCAAUAUUCCAUUAUCACCUGCAUAUGGUGUUUAUGUCUCUCAACUGAUUCGAUAUGCAAGAGCUUGUUCUGUGUAUAGUCAUUUUUUAAAUCGAGCCAAGCUACUGACAAACAAGUUGAUGGUACAGGGGUUUCAACAGUCUGGAUUGAAGUCAGCAUUUCGUAAAUUCUAUGGUCUUUAUAACGAUCUAGUUUGUCAAUACAAUCUAUCUUUGGGUUAAAUGCUGUCUGACAUGUUUCAUACCGAUUGUUAAGCCGUUCUUGGCACACAGAUUUUGACUGCGGAUGCCUUCGUUUGCCUGAGCGGGAUGUGGGGCUCACGGCGGGUGUGACCGGUCCACAAGGAAUGCUUGCUCCUCCUGGGCACCUGAUCCAACCCCUGGUGUGUCCAGGGGUCCGUGUUUUCCGAGCUAUCUAUUUUGUAUUGCUUGUAAAAGUUAUGAGAUUGAUCACUGUUCGUUAUCUUCACCUUUCUUUAGUUAUUCAAAGAGAUACAAUUGUAAACACAUUUUUUAUCUACGAAUAUGUUCAUCUGAAUUAUAUCAUCAAUAUUAGAAUAGUCAAAGAUAAUAUGAUUAAGAUGGAUUAGAACAAAUCUCCAAUGACCGCAAUCUUUUAAGCCCCUUUUACACAUUCGAGGAUGAGACGCCGGUUUAUCCCGGAUUGUCAAUCCGUGAUGGUCCGUGACCAUCCGUCAUCACCGUGUAUAAACCGUAUAUGCAUUCGGCGUCGUCCGGGACAAUCCGGCUUCGGAAAGCCAAACCGUGAAAAAAAAUUAAACAUGUUUAAUUUUUACCCCGGAUCGUCCCGGAAGAAAAUCCUGCGUAUUGAUCCAUGUAGGUACCGUGUAUCAGGGUGUAUCAACCGAGAGGUCUUGUAUCAACCGAGAAGUCCGUGUAGCCACCAAAGUAACCGUGUAAAAUCCGGGGUCAUCCGUGUGCGAAACUUUUCUGCUGAAGAACACAGAUGUCUACGGUCUGUACACGGAUUGUUCCCGGUAACAUUACGGACAGCCACGAUAAACACAGGGAAGAAAGACCUUGAUAAUCCGUGAAACAACCGUGAAUGGACCGGCAAAAACCGUGAUCUUCCGUACGCUCCUUGAUCAUGCCGGCACCGACCGGGAUUUUCCCCCAGGACAUACGGUUAGCUACCGUGCUUAUCUGUAGAGAAACCCGCGUUUUCCGUGUCUCCAUCGUGAUAAGACCGUGUUGAGACCGGCAUUACGUCGGAUCACCCGGAUGACUAGAAUUUUGCAUCCGGCGUUGACCGCCUCCUGAUUCGUGAAUGUGUGAAAGGGGCUUAACAGGUAACAUGUAAGAUGUUAUUUUGACACCUUAACUACACCAUAGACGAAAACGCGAAUCAAUCAAUUAGUUUGCAAUUUCAACAUUUUCUGAAAAUAUCUCAUAUUUGUUGUAGAUAAAUCACGUACUAUUUGCUAUCGUUUUUGUAAAACUUAAAAUCGUCAAUAGGUGAAGAUGAAAGGCGUCAAAGGGCACACGUCAAUCUCAAAGAUUAAAGUGCUGCUGACACCAAAGCAAGGGAUUGAUAUGGCGAAUACAUGUGUAACAUUUCCUGGGAGUAUCAUCAAUCAGCAAUUGGAUACAACAUCUAAAAAUCACCGACGCUCCCAACUAAAACGCAUUGUGCAUGAGGUAAAUUGCCAGCAAAUAAUAGACGGUGAUGAAGAGUAUAUAUCAGUGGUCAAUAUAGCGAUUUCAGAACGGAUAUACACGUUUCCCACAGACAAAGAGAUGGGAGAUCUUGCACAGAAUUGUGAGAAAUUCUUAGAGGUGUACAAUUAUAAAUAUUUCUUCGUAUCAACUGAAGAACUUGAUUUUCCCAUCGCCUAUACAAUAUUAACUUAUAAAGAUGCUAUUCAAACAGAGAAACUACUCCGUGCUAUUUAUCGCCCACAUAAUUUAUACUGCAUACACGUAGAUCGAAGUUCAGAUAGUACUUUACUUUACGCUAUGAAAUCCAUCGCUAAAUGUCUAUCUAAUGUAUUCAUUGCUUCAAAAUUAGAGGAUGUGAUAUACGCAGGGUUUUCUCGACUUCAGGCAGAUUUGAACUGUAUGUCUGAUUUAUUGAAUAACACUGAUGUUAAAUGGCGAUAUGUCAUAAAUUUACCUUCCCAGGCAUUCCCUUUGAAAACAAAUUCAGAAAUCAUUAAAAUUCUUACAAUAUAUAACGGGACAAAUAGCAUAGAAAGUGUUUACGAUCAUAAUGCAGUACAUCGAUUUAAUGAGAAAUUUGCUAUGAAAAACGGGAAAUUAAAGUCGACAGGAAAAAAGAAGGAUCCGCCUCCGUAUGAUAUAACAAUAGGAAAGGGAAGUGCUUACGGUGUGUUCAGUAGGGACUUCGUGAAUUAUUCAAUAAAUGACCUCAAAGCGCAGGAUAUUUUGAAAUGGUUAGAAGAUACGUACAGUCCGGAUGAGUCCUUCUGGGCCACUCUACAAUUUAACAAACAGCUUCAUGUCCCAGGAGUCAACUACGCAGGUGUUCCAAACAGAAAAUUAUGGAUAGCCGCCAGUACGACAUGGGAGGGGCCUAGUGAAAUAUGUCAUGGAAAGUAUGUUCGUAGCAUCUGUGUUUUUGGCCUCGGCGAUUUAAAUAAAUUGGUGUCGGAGAAGGAACUUUUCGCCAACAAGUUUGUUCAUGACUACCAGCCUCUUGCAUUGCAAUGCAUGGAAGAAUGGAUAUAUAAUAAGACGAUCAAUAAUAUACCUCUACAAACAUAUCAUUAUAGAAAUUUGAUAAGACCAAUGCUGCAUUAGAAGCUUAAAAUUUAUUUUCCUCAUGGGUUGUCAUCAAUUAUAUAGACUUUGUUAAUUUGAUGUUUUAGUUACCGGAAAAAUACAAUAUUCAACGACCUAUUCUUCAUAACUAAAAUACAAGACGUAGUGGAAAGUGCUUAAAAAUGCAAGUGUUUAUUGGACGACUAAAGUAUCAAUGAACCAUAUCCCAUAGUAGAUCUCCAAUUCACUUCUUUCAAUGAUAAAAAAUCAAUUUGAUAUUCAGCUUGAAGGCAUUGAAGGUGAAAAUUAUAUUUCAUUUUUCUGUGAAUUGUUAGGUCACAGCUGGAAGCUCGGAAUCAUGUAGUCAGUAUUUUCUGAACAGAAAUGACAGAAGGAGCACAUAUUUAUAGGAUUGAGAUUUUGAAAUCAAUGCUUAAAAGAAUUACCAGACGGGUUGGAUACAUAUAUUACCUGCCGAGAUGAAAAAGAUGAUCAUACGCAGAGCAAGCUCUUCUGCAACGAAUAAAUGAAGACAUAAUCACCACAUAGAGCUCAAGGCGGGUUUCACCUGUCGAAAGGGGAUUCUUACUAUUUCUAGACACCUAGUAUGACCACUGGUGUGUCCAGGAGUUCCUACAAACUCUCUAUUUUGUAUUGCUUAUGGGAGUUAUGAGAUUGAUUGUUGUUUAUUAUCUUCACCUCUCAUGCAGGUGAUGUUGAAAUAUUUCUAAAUAAAUAUGGGAAGUCGAC